UUGCAUCUCACACACCACCUGCUUAGGUCCCUCAUCAAAGCACAACACGGAGGUGGAGUGCCUCACUUUCUCUACCAGACGUUGUGGAAUAACCCGCGUGUACUCACGUAUGCGUAUGCUCAUGCACUCCCAACUCACUGGAGAAACAUAGAUAUACUGCUGUUCCACAGCAUACAGCACAGCAGUGUGUCACCUCUUUCUCACCAGCUAUCAGCUCCAGAAGAACAGGGCUACUGAGGACAAAUUGUUGAAACACAAUGCACCCACAGAGCCUCCCCAUCGCAGGAGUGUAAGAGCCCCGAUCCAACAUGGGGAGUCGUUCCAGCAAAGAUCGCCGGAGCUCCAACUCGCAGGCUUCUCUUCUGAGCCAGGAAGUGAAUGCUGAGCCCGCCGCAGUGGAUGAUAACAGACAUGUCGUGGUGUCUCUGUACAACUAUCCCUCUGAAGAACUAACGGACUGCCUCAUUCGUGUGGGAGAGAAGCUCAACAUCCUAUCAGAAGAAGGUGAUUGGUGGUGGGUGAGUUCCUCAGCAACAGGCAAGGAAAGCUACAUCCCUAGCAACUAUACUGCCAAAGUGUUCCACAGGUGGCAAUUUAAGGGCAUCAGUAGAGAGAAGGCAGAGGAGCUGCUGCUGCUCCCUUACAACCAGGCUGGGUCCUUCUUGAUCCGGGAGAGCCAGACCUGCAUUGGUACCCACUCCCUGUCUAUAAAAAGGAGCAUAGGCUCUGGCAGAGCCUCUGUGAAACAUUAUCGCAUACACCAGCUGCAAAACGGCUGGUACUACAUCUCGCCCAGGCUCACUUUCUCCUCUCUGACCCAGCUGGUGGACCACUACUCUGAGGUGGCUGAUGGACUCUGCUGUUUGCUGGGAGAACCAUGCUUCAUCUUUGGAUCUAACAAUGUCCCCGUGACCACCAGCGCACCACCAAUGGCCGUAAGGAAGGCCACCCUCAACUGGAAGGAUGUGGACAGCUCCAUGAUUUUCAGCAAGGACAAAGUGGACACAGAAGAAUCCCUGGUCAGUGAGGGGCUAAGGGAAGCCAUCAACUCAUAUUUGUUCAUGACAAAUGAAGGGAACUGUGAGGACUGUGAGCUCAGCUGGAAUACCUGAAAAUGAAGACCAGUUUCACUCCUCAAGGAGAGUUCACUAGUGACAACAAAGAUAAUGGCAGGAGCAGGCUUGUGCACAGAGACCAAGCUACAAGACCUUCUGCCUGUUUACAAGAGGGCAUACAGACGCUCCCUUUUUCAGUAGACAACAUGUUUCUGAAGGUAGACUUUUUCAAUUCCAAGACCCAGCCUCUACAAGGCUCUAAAAUGGAGGCUACUUUUGCAUAAUUGCCAUUUUGAAUGGGUUUUAACAAAGGGGAAAAGUACUACAGAACAAAAGAGCAUACCGGAGCUGCUGUAUGCAUCAUCCAACACUCUGAAGAGGUGAAUGGAAGAUCGGUUUCUACUACGUUAUCUUUUUGGUCAAACGGAGGACUGAUCAUAGAGCUAAAUAACUGUACACCUCAGAUUGCACCAAUGGUUUGAAUGGACACUAGACCCAAAGUGACAGUACAAGACAUUUUGUGUAAAUGAAGAGAGCACAUUGUAUAGUGAGUAAAAUGGUGUGAAUGGUCUGUUUGGGGAACAUCAGAUGCGUGACAAUUCCACUUUGAACAUUCUGGAACAUUAUCAGCUGGGUGGAGUACCUCAAUCACUUCCUGGAAAGAGCACUCUGCUGAUGCAGGUUUAUCUCAAUGCUUUUCAUCAUGUUAACAUUACUGGCCAGCUGGAUUGCUGCCUAUCACUCAAACUGACUGUCAAAGAAGAAUGUGGUCAUGAUUCCAUGCUUAUUCAAUUCAUGGUAAUCACACUGCACCUGUGGUGAUUUUUUUUUUCUCAUAAAUGUUUAUUUUUUAUCAUCAAACCUAAUUUUUCCAUUCAAUAACCAAUGUCUGAUUACCGCUGAUACAAUGUUCCAGUGAGCUAGGUUCUCAGAUGAUUAGAUUAAACCUAAAAGUGCUUUCACAUUUUCAGUUGAAGUUGAUACUUUUUCAGAUUGAGUCUGUAGAGCUGUGCAAGAUAACUGAAAUAAAUUAAUUGAUAGAACAAAGAAAACAAUGCAUCUGUUGGCAGGUCUUAUUUGUGCAGACACAAACUAAAUAACAAUGUUGCUUCUUGGCAACAGAUAACAGGUUUGGUCUUGACACCAAUUUUUUUUUUUCUCUCUCAAAGACGAACCGCAGCUCAGCAUCGGCACAGGAAAUGGUCAAGGCUGCGUGUAUUGCAACCUUGGAGUGGAAAAUAUAGCCACAGAAGAAUGUGCCAGUUAUAUAUUUUGUCAUAGUUACUGCAAUCACCAAAAGUAAAAAUACAUUUUUAACAUUUCAAACAUUCAUUAUAUGUUGAAUGUAAUCCAGCAGCUGGCUUAAAAUCAAGAAUUAUUUUUGUAAUUUCAAAGAUCAGCCAUGCUGUAUAUCUCAGAAUUGUCUCCACAAAUAAUCGGAGGGCAACUCAUGUGGCUGCAAUAUCUAGUGCAAAUAAACGUGACAUUUUGUCAUGAAUUAAAAGUGAGGAUAAAUGUGAUAUGAAGUGAGCCAAAAAAAGUAUGUUUAUGCAAUAAAAUACAAUAAGACAGCACAAUCAUAUUAGACUUAAUGCACAUUAUCUGGAUGUUAUAUUUAAUCCUAUUUUAUUAAAACAUUAAAAUAAAUAAAUAAAAUAAAAAUGUUUAUGUCAAUACUGUUUGUGUCAAUAUAAAAUAUAAUCACACAAAUUUGGAGUUUCCUCUUGAAAUAAUGAAACUCAAUGUUAGAUUAAAAUUUAAUUUUUUUGUUGUACUUUGCACAAAUAUCUCCACCCCUAUAAAGACUAUAGGAAAACCAUGAA